CUAGAGCUACUGCUGCCGCUACCUUUACUGACUACUAUUGACUUCACCUCCAUCUCCAUCUCACCUUCAUCGACUACUUACUUCUACAUAACCCACCCUCUUACGAACCAACCACCACAACCUACAGUUUACAGAAUAAUACACCUCACAAACACCAGCACAAUGUCCCUCCGCAUCGCCCCCGCACCCACCCACGCCACUCAAACCACCAACACCACCACCCACGACCCCAUCACCCUCCCCCACCCCUCAAAAGGCGCUCCCUCAGCCCCCGGUCUCCCCGACACCCUCCGCGACAACCUCACUCUCCCCGCCGCCCGCGGCCCUCCCUCCAGCAACACCGCCAUCCCCUCCUCCGCGCACCCCCUCGAAGCCCGUCUCCUGGCAUGGCGCGCCACCCAAGACGCAUUGAAAAUGGAAUCGCUGCGUCGGGCGUACGGGAUCGCGGAGCCUGUGCGUCGCGGAAUGGAAUUGAAGAUUGUUCGGGAUGGUUCGUUCAGACCGGGUUUGUUGGGUGGUGCGGCUGGUGGGGAGAAUCUGCAUGAGGAGAUUUUGGUUCUGGGGGGUAGGGACGCUGAGGUUGCGUGGGAGGAUGUUUUUAGGGGUAACGAGUUCCGUGAACCGCCUGCUUUCCACGAUGAAAUGGAGAAGAGACUGCGUAUGGAUCACUAAAUCUGGAUAUGGAUGUGGACUGGUUUCGUCUAAGUGUCACUUGUCAUGAAAUUACUUGAUACAGGCCCUCGCGGCAAUCAAUUCAAUACUUUAGAUC